AUGGGUCCCAAAAAGAAUAUGUGUGUGUUUCGUGGUGCAGCGAAAAACUAUAUAGAAUCAAACUUUGCAUUGUCUUUGCAAGUAGACAACAAUUGUAAAAAUGGGCAUAUUCUUAUUUUGUCUUCACCUAAUAAAAAAAGUCCUUUGUUAUCCAGGUUAAGAGCUGACCAGUUGACUCCAAGAAAAAAACUCCUCAAACAUAGAUUAAGUGUUUUUGCUACUGAAAUUGCUACCGAAAAACGAAAGCAUAGAGAGGAUGUAAAGGUGUUAGAAGAAAAAAUUAAAACAAGGCCAAGAUUUAAACAUCUCAAUGAGACUAUUGCUUGCAAAGAAAAGACAAUUCGAAGUUUGCGGAAUAAAUUAAAAGUUCAACGUCUAAACUUACAGCUGAAUAAGCUUCAAAUUUCAAAUUUUCGUUUGAAAAAAGAACUGAAAUUCACCCAAACAAAGCUGUCUAAUGAAGAAGUUAUCUUACGUCAACAACUUGCUGACAAGAAUGUAGAGAUUAAUGACCUGCAAAAUGAUAUGCUUAUUUUACAGGAAAAGAUAGAGCAAAUGCAGCAGAAAGUACAAAGCACCAGAUGUAAAAAAGUCUACUCAUCUGAUAUUAGGGCACUUAUCUAUGACAUGCUAGCAUGUCAAGUUCCUACACACAGUGUGCCCCAACUUCUUCAUAAAGUAGGAGAACACUUUGGGUAUAGAUUUAGUGACAUUCCACAUCGCAAAACUGUGGAGCAGAUGAUGCGCGAGCUGGGUAUUAUUUCAGAACUCCAGGCUGCUGAGAUAGCAUUCUCAACAAAAAAUUUGACUCUUGGUUUUGAUGCCACAACCCAGGAGGGUGUUCAUGUCAAUGUUGUGCACUUAACAAAUGAAUCUUCGUGCAUGGUUGUAGCCAUUGACCAGCUUGCUGGUGGUACAUCUUAUGACUAUAUGAGUCAUAUUACAAAAUCUGUGGAUAAUCUUGCUAAGUUGUAUAGUGACUUUUACCGGAAACAAUAUACUGAUGUACGAAGCACGAUUAUCAGCAACAUAACAAACACAAUGAGCGACAGAGUGGCAGUGAACCAUGCAACUAUAACAAAGUUAAACACUUUUUGGCAAAAAUCUCUAAAUGAACUGAACUGUCACCUUCACCCAUUGGAUACAAUUACUUCUGCUUGCAAGUCAUCGCUUAAAGCUUUGGAAACUUCAAAAGGGAAACUUUUUGGUAGAGAUUGUUUUGCAGCAAACAUUGUUGUUCAGUUAAAUAAACUCCGUUACAAGGAUGGUAAAGGUGAUCCAAAAGGCUUUGUCACCUUUUUGGACAAGCAUGGUCUUCCUAGAGGACUUAUACCAUGCUAUAGGGGAAAUCGAUUGCACAUACUUUUUCAUACAUGUGGAACUUUAAUACAUCACUACCAGAAACUUCAGAGUUUUCUGUUUUCUGGAGUAGUGUUAUGUGGAGGACUGAGAAAUAGUCUUUUCCAAGACUUCACAUCUGAUACAGGUAUACGCGAGAUGUGUGCCCUAGGUUUAAUUGGAAAGUUAGUGACUGGUCCCUGGAUGAAAAAAUUCUAUGUGGCGCCAGGACAAAGACUUGACUAUUUGUCUGGCAUCCAAGUGAUCAAAAAUGUUUGCAAUGCACUUGUUGAAAGCAGCGCAGAAGCUCUUUCCCUUAUUCACCGAAAAACAGAUUUUUUUGGAGGUGAUCUCAAUGAUCCAGUUUUUCAAUCACUCAUAGGCUUUUGCCCAAGGACUGAUGAAAUGAGAGAUGCAUUAGCCAGCUGUCUAAAUGCUGUCAUUAGUUAAUGCUGUCAUUAACCGUCAGUAUGAGCGACAGU